GUGAUCACUUGAUCAUCCAUUAUUCUGUGUGUGUGGAGAUCGACUUCGGCUCCACACAGUUUUCAUCGCGAUGGCGACCAAGAAGAGCCAAGAGCUCGUGAUAAAAGUGAAAUCAAUUGAAAGGACCCUCCUGCCGCUCAUAAAACAGGUGUCAACGCUGGUGCAGCAUAGGUCAGAAAGAUCGCCCUCGGUGAGCUCAGAACGCACCCUCCGGGCGAUCGGUCGGGUGGGUCAGGCUGUGAACCUCGCUGUGGAGAGAUUCGUGACCGUGGGUGAGACAAUCGCUGACGACAAUCCGGAAAUUAAGCAAGACAUGUACGAAGCAUGCAAGGAAGCUCGCGCUGCAGGUUCCUCAAUUGAACGACUGUGCGAAAUUACAGCAACAGAUCCACUCGGAUACCCACCUCCGGAUGGACCUCUUAGUGACCGAAGUGCCAUGAUUAGGGCCGCCAGGGCCCUCUUAAGUUCCGUAACGAGAGUUCUUCUGCUAGCUGAUAUUGUUGUGGUGAAGCAGCUACUUCUGGCCAAGGAUCGUGUUGCCAGGUCUCUGUGUCGGAUGGAGCAAGUGGCUAAUUUUACUGAAUUCGUUAAAGCCUUUUCCGUUUUUGGCGCCGAAAUGGUGGAACUCGCUCAUGUGACAGGUGAUAGACAAGCAGACUUGAAGGAGGAACGACGGAGAGCCCAAAUGGCUGCAGCUCGUCAAGUACUGGAACGAUCAACGAUGAUGCUGCUGACAUCAUCCAAGACAUGCCUUCGUCACCCAGAGUGCCCAGACUCUCGUGAAAAUCGCGAUACUGUCUUCUGCCAGAUGCGCCGAGCCAUGGAUCUCAUACACUACGUGGUGAAGGAUGGUGUACUGGAGACGGUAGCUGAGCGCCUAUCACCCCGUGGAGGUGGUCAGGUGGAUUGGGAUUCAGAGCGUGCAUCCGCCUUUACGAGUCUCAAGCACUUUUCGCGCCUUGUUGAACUAUCGCGACCUCAGGUGACCGAGACGACGCCCAAAGUAAUUGGGAAUAGUGAAAUUGUCGAAGAAGCACCAGCCCCACGUGAACUGACCCGUAGUAGUAGUGUUCGUGAUCGGCGUAUUGAUGGGCAGAGAACGAAGAAUAGGACGUAUGCCAGCCUCGAGCGGGAACUCCUACCACCGGCUAGUCGAAGUGCUGAAGCAGCCAUGCUUGGUCUCUCAUCGGUUCUUGUUCCUGAAACGCGCGAUCAACUGCUGGCGGCUCUCGAUAAAGUCGUCGAGAAGACGCAGGAUUUUACGGAUUCUGCCUACACAACACAUGAGCAUCGUGAAAAUAUCCUCCUACUGUGCGAUCGUGCCAAACUUGAAUUGAAUCAGUUACUAAGAAUAGCCGUGAAUACUGAACCCUUCAUUAGUAAUACAACGGAGAUUGAUGGGGCAAUUGAGAGUGUUCAGAGUGCCGGGCAGGAUCUUAGUCAGCAACUCGUACUCGCUGUAAGUGAUCAGGUCACGGAACUGGCGCACGUGAUCAAGGCGGGCAUCGAUGUUGUCAACUCCCUCAGGAAUAUUGCCUUAAAUCAGGAGCUUGAUCGAUUACAGGAAUGCGCUGAUCGCUUCCAUGACUACAUUGAUCAUAUCCUGGAAGUUUGCAAACUACUGCGUCAUAUUGCUUUAUCAGAAACACUGCAAGUACAGGCUAAGUUUAUGGAGAUAAAUCUGAAGAUCUAUGCACCGCAGGUGAUCACAGCAGCAAGGGCUCUAUCGGCGCAUCCCACAAGUAAGAUUGCAAAGGAAAAUCUCGAAGUUUUCGUUGAUAUGUGGCAGUGGUUGGCGAGUGAUGUGUCAACAGUAUCGAAGGAGAUCAUCGAAAUGGCUCAAGCUCAAACGAAACCUGAUAAAACGGAGUACCUCAGUUUACCGCGACCUGGAAAACACGGAACAACAUCGAAGCCACUAAAACCAACGAGACUCGAUCAGGAGGAGCAGGAGAAGAUCGCAAAAGCCGGGCUGGAGAUGAAGAUGCUGACGAAUGAGAUGGACGCCGAGACGGAUAAGUGGAAUGGGGCAAGUGAUGAGAACAAUGAUAUCGUUAAGAGGGCCAAGAAUAUGUCAUCAAUGGCCUUCUCAAUGUACCAAUUCACAAAAGGGGAGGGAACAUUGAGGACCACACAGGAUCUUUUUACGCAGGCUGAAUACUUUGCCGAGGAAGCAAAUCGUCUUUACAAAGUUGUUCGGCAAUUUUCAUAUCAGGUUCCCGCUGGGCAGCCGAAGAAGGAACUGCUGGAGAAUGUGGAUAAAGUACCAACAUUUGUGCAGACACUGCAAUUCACUGUAAAGGACCCAACUGUUGGGAAGGCAGCUACCUUCGUUAAAGUGGACCACGUCAUCCAAGAGACCAAGAAUCUCAUGAACGUCAUCAAUAAAGUCGUCACCACGUGCUUUGACUGUGCCAAUAAGUACAAGCUGGACUUUAGUGGAUUAUCGGGUAGAGCUGCAGCUGGUACUUCGAGGGAUGAUGAGGGCGGAUCAGGAGGUGUUGGUGAUUCCAAGGGAGCCACGACAAGCACUGAGGGGGGCAUGUGACAGUACGGGAUGGCUCGAAGAGCCAAAGGAGACGCAAGGCGGACACGUGUGUCCUUUCUUCUUUUCUAAAGCUUAAAAGAAAAGUCAAGAAAGCAACACAAAUUUCCGCAGGGAAUUAGAGCUUCAAGAAGAUAAUUUUCUGUGCAACAGGAAAAGCUCCUUUUUGAUGGGAAAAAUUCUCAGAAAAGAUACAGAAGGAUUGUUUUCAUUUGCGAAAACACGGCAUGAAAAGAUAUAUCGAAGAAGAAAAAAAUAUUUUUAGAUCUGAUAUCAAGCAAAAGAGGUGAACAUUUCGAAGUUGAAAUUCUUCAAAUGGAACUGACUUACGAUAAUAAGAAAUUAGUACAAUAACCCAAUUAAGGAGUUUUCAAGUGAUGACGUAAAAAAAUGCAAAAUCGAAUCACAUUUUAAAUGAAAUUUUAUUAAUAAAUCUCAUUUUAAACGAUAAUUCAUCCUUCAGCGAAGAAGUUUUUAAUUAAUUGUUCAUUUUCUUUUUUUAAAAGAAAUAAAUUUUAAGCUUCUUUUUAACAAGAAAUGAAAAAAAAUAUAUAUAGCACGGGUAGUCUUCCAAUCGUGUACAUUAAGUCAGCGAAUCGAAGAAAGAGAAUUCUUUUGCUUUUCAUUAAAAUCUGUUCUUUAAAUUCUUUAAUUAGAUUUUAUCUAAACAAUGUGCCAAAGAAAAAAAAAUUGAAUAGAAAGUUGGUGCGAAGAACAAUCAGUCUGCUAUUAAAUUUUAUUAAAUUCUUUACUUUAAUUAAUUAAAUUCAUCUAUGAGGAUCUUACAAAGUAUAUCCAAUACAAAUAAAAGUCUUAAUAAUAUACUUAAUUUUCUUAAACUCAAAGGAGAGAUACGCGCAAGAUUAGGCAAGAAAUUUCAUUGAAAAUUUACUAAAAUAUUCAUUUAUUUCUCUCUUCUAUCCUUUAAUUUUAAGGAAUUGUGGAGAAAUAAACGCCUUUAUUUGUCUUGUGAAUUUUGUAAGAUUCUUUCUCAGUAAGACACUCAGAAAAAUCAAAAGAUUGUGAAUUUUAACCCUUUCGCGUCCACAUGAAAUAUUGAAAUAUUCGAUUUAUUUAUCACUAUAUUUAUUCUGUUAAUAUUCUCAGAGAACAUUUCUCAGCUCAAACGUCUUUUAGUCUCAUUUACGUAAAUUAAUUAAACUCAUUUCUAAUUUGGAAAAAUAAUAAAAUUCAUUACAAUUCGGGAGAAUUGAACGCGAAAGGAUUAAUACAAAUUUCAGCAUAACUUACAGUCAAAGAAUAAUUUUAAACCGGACGUAGAAAUAACAUUACAUAACCUCAAACUUUUUGCAAAAAUCCAUUAAAUAUGACAUGGCCACUGUGACCACUUUUGUCCACUAUGGACAAUUUCGACUUUGGCUGCGAUUAUUGAAUUCUCGGAACCCUCAGAAGUUAUUCAUUCAUUGAAAAAUAAUUGAUAAAUACUCAUACCAAGAAAAACUCAUUGAGGAUAGUGAAAGAAGCACCUAACUCCAAUACUUCAGUGAAAAGGCAAAUAGAUUUAUACAAUUUUAUCUAUUUUUGUUGUAUCAAGGUUUAUGUAAUUUUCUACAUAUCCACUAUCGCUAUGUGAGCUGUAAUUUUUCUGAGUACUCCACUGAGGAAGAUUUUCCUGGAAAAUCAAUCUAAAAUUAAAUGAUUCUCCGCAUUGUAGGAAAGCACCGAGAAUUUCCGCUUUAACUGACAGCAUCUUAUCAAUUUUGCAUCUUUUCUUUUUUUCUUCUUAAGAACUUUUAAUUUAUUAUCACAAGCAUGAGGAAAUUGCAUUUUCUCAUUCAGGUUGUAUAUCGUAUAAUAGGAUGGAAUUUAGUAGGUACAGUUAACGAGGAAAUAGGGUGUUUGGUAAAUACACAAUGUAGAAAAAAAUCAAAGAGGAAAUUAUAUAUAAUGUAUUUUCUCUCGUAGUUCGUUAAAAAAGCAACUAUUAAAUGAAGCAAGAAGAUAGGAUGUAAGAUAAGAAAUUUUUCCUAGAUGUUAUUUUAAAAAAAAUGUGAAGAGAAAAAAGUGAAAUUUAGAACAUAGUUUGAUAUAUUCAUUAUAUACAGGGUGACAUGUUGGUAGACGUUAUAUGGAAAAUUGAAAGAAAAAAAAUAUUACAGUGGUAGACAUAAUAGAAAUUAUAUAUUUGAUGAAUAAUAUUAAUGUUGUCUGUUGUGAAAAAUAAAAUCAUGCAUUGGAAUGGGAGUGUGAAGGGUGUGGAGUAUAGGAAGGACGUGAGUGUUAAAGGUUUUUUGAGAUAUAAUAUUAUAAAAAAAAAUCAUUCGAUUAAAUGUGACACGAAAUCUUCUUAUGAAAUCAUUUUGAACGUUUAGUCAUGAUAAUGAUGAUAAAGGAGAUUAUUUAUCUUCUUUUUUCAUCUCAAUAUCAAAUUACGAUGCAUAUAAAAAUAUAUAUUACUAAAAAGAAAAAAAUGUGAGAACAAAAAACUAUAUAUCGACGUAGAAACGUAUGUACCGUGAGAAAAAAUAAAUAAAAGAAAAAAUUUAUAUACUCAAGUUAGCUUUUAUACUUGUACAUAAAGAAGAAACAAAAUAUUUAGUGAAACAAAUUAUUGUAUGACGAAGAUAUUUAAUAUUUUCUAUAUAUAAACAAUAUAAUUAUAUGAUAUUUAAAAAAAAUGAAUGUGUGUAUGAAUUUAUAGAAAAUAUUUUUUCUCAUUUUCUUUCAAUGUAACUUUUUCUCAAUAUUCAUCAUCAAAAAAACAAAGUUUAUUCUCUUGAAAAGUCUUUAAAUGUUCUCCAAAGAAAAAUUAUUCAAGUCAAAUUCAAUGUUUUUAGGAAUGAAUUUUCUUUUAUUGUUCAAUUUUCUCAAUUUAUCAAAAACAAACCCAAAACAGUAUCAAGAUGGUCAAGAAGAGAAAAUAAAAUGAAAGGAAUUACUAAAAAAAGAGAGUUUAAUGUAAAUAACUUUUUUGCAGAAAGUUCAAUUCAAAAAAAAAUGUUUAAGCGUAAAAAAAGGUUAUAUCUACCUAUUUCAAAAAACUGAAAAACAAAAUAGUUUAAAAAAUAGUUGCAGAAGAAUGAGUGAGUGUUGUGACAUAAUGGAAAAAAAAUAAAAUCAUGCAAAUGAACCUA